ACAAAACCUUUCAUAUUCAAAAUGGCACGUACUAAGCAAACCGCUCGCAAAUCAACAGGUGGUAAGGCUCCAAGGAAGCAGCUAGCUACAAAGGCUGCGAGAAAGUCAGCUCCGGCGACCGGAGGAGUGAAGAAGCCUCACCGUUUCCGUCCCGGAACUGUAGCUUUAAGGGAAAUCAGAAAGUACCAGAAAUCAACAGAGUUGCUGAUAAGGAAGUUGCCGUUUCAGAGGCUAGUGAGGGAAAUAGCACAGGAUUUUAAGACAGAUCUGAGGUUCCAGAGCAGUGCUGUUGCUGCCCUACAAGAGGCUGCUGAGGCUUACCUUGUUGGACUCUUUGAAGAUACAAAUCUCUGUGCCAAUCACGCCAAGAGGGUCACUAUCAUGCCCAAGGACAUUCAGCUUGCUAGGAGGAUUCGUGGCGAAAGAGCUUAGGGUGAAGCUUGUUAUGCUUAUGGUUAUGGUUAAUUCGUGUUCUCUGAUCUAGGGCAUUGUUUUUGUGUUUUUUGCUGAAUGUUAGGGUUAGCGAUGUAAAUCAAGUGACUUGUUUCAAUCAAAGUAUAUGUAAAACCUCUGGUUUAUUAGUACUUUGAAUUCUUAUUAAUGAAAUUUGUCGUUCAUUUU